AUGCAAGUGGUCGCGAGAAAUAUCGGCGAGCGAGGCGCCGACGUGUCUGAGCGACGCGGAGGCGGGCGGCGCGCUGUACGCGGCGCUGUCGGCGUGCGCGGCGCUGCGCGCGGCCGGCCUGCCGCCGCGCCCGCCCCCUCCCGCUCCGCACGUUCGGCACGCGUGCUGCUGCUCGGCCUCGGCGGAGUCGGCCACGCCGCGUUGCAGCUGCUCGUCUAUUCCGGUGCGCAGGUGGUCGUGGGAUGCUCGGGCGACUUGUGUCCGCGGGCUAUGUCGAUGGGCGCGUCGGUGGCGUUUGACCGUCACGCUGCUGACUACGACCGUCUGCUGGAGGAAUCCGGCCCAUACGAGGCGAUAUUGGACUGCGCGGGGCUGGGGGGCGCGGAGGCGGGGGCGCGGCGCUGGCGUUUUGCACGCUACGUGACGCUGAGCGCGCCGCUGCUGCGCGCCACCGACGCCAGCGGGCCGCUGCCCGGCGCCGCGCGUGCCCUCGCCGCACUCGCGCAGCAGAUCGCCGCCGCGCACGCGGCGGGUGUGGUGACGGCAGGCAGCGUGGCGCCGGUGCGCUGGGCCUUCUUUUCUCCCGAUGCUCAAGAUCUGCAGCUGCUUCGCAAAUUGGCCGAUGCCGGCAAGUUCAAGGUGGAGGUGGAGCGCGUGUUCCCGUGGUGGGCGGGCGCGGAGGCAUACGAACAUGCGGCCACGCACAGUGCGCGCGGCAAACUGGUGCUCGACUUCACCGCGACCCCCGCACCCCCCGCAACACCACCGCCCGCAGGCACAGAUCGCACGUGA